GACACUGCAGGGGAAGAAACGAACAAGCCCAUCAUGGAAUAGGAAUACUGCUGGACAAAACGGGGGAAAACCUCUCUCUCAUCUUCUUCUUUUUCCCCUUUUUCUGACGCCUUUUCUCUCUCUCUCUCCCUCUCUCUCUCUCUCUCUCUAUCUCUCUCUCGAUGUCUCUCAACAGUUUCUGAAGGGAUUAAAGGAAAGAAAAAUGAGGAUUACUAUUUCGUCUUGGCACUUUCUCGGGGUGUAUUCCGCCCUUUGGAGGCUGGCAACCGGGGCUUUCCCCAGCUCAGUGCAGAUAGGUGGGUUGUUCAUUAGGAAUACUGAUCAGGAGUAUACAGGGUUUCGACUAGCUAUCUUCCUUCACAACACCAGCCCUAAUGCAACGGAAGCUCCCUUUAACCUGGUCCCACAUGUCGACAAUAUAGAGACCGCCAACAGCUUCGCCGUCACCAAUGCAUUCUGUUCUCAGUAUUCGAGGGGGGUCUUCGCCAUCUUUGGCCUUUACGACAAGCGCUCGGUGAACACUCUGACGUCGUUCUGUGGGGCCCUGCACAUCAGCCUAGUGACGCCCAGCUUCCCCACCGAAGGAGAAGGCCAGUUCACCCUGCAGCUCCGGCCGUCCAUCAGAGGGGCUUUGUUGUCACUGUUGGACCACUACGACUGGAGCCGAUUUGUCUUCCUCUACGACACAGACAGAGGUUAUGCAAUACUGCAGGCAAUUAUGGAGAGAGCGGGGCAGAACGGAUGGCAGGUGAGUGCUAUCUGUGUGGAGAGCUUCAAUGAGGCAGCAUACCGCCGACUGUUAGAGGACCUGGACCGACGUCAGGAGAGAAAAUAUGUAAUUGACCUGGAGCCUGAGAGACUGCAGAGCAUCCUCGAACAGGCUGUCAGCGUGGGGAAACAUGUAAAGGGUUACCAUUACAUCAUAGCAAACCUGGGAUUUAAGGAUAUAUCUCUGGAGAGGUUCAUGCAUGGCGGGGCCAAUGUGACUGGUUUCCAGCUGGUGGACUUCAGCAAGCCCAUCAUUAUUAAACUGAUGCAGCGCUGGAACAAACUGGAUCAGAGAGAGUACCCUGGAUCUGAAACCCCACCCAAGUAUACCUCAGCUCUAACAUAUGAUGGAGUCCUUGUGAUGGCCGAGGCCUUUCGCAGCCUUCGCCGUCAGAAAAUUGAUAUCAGUCGCCGUGGCAACGCUGGUGACUGCUUGGCCAAUCCAGCUGCUCCCUGGAACCAAGGAAUAGAUAUGGAGCGUGCACUUAAACAGGUGCGCAUUCAGGGCCUGACUGGGAAUAUUCAGUUUGAUCACUAUGGUCGGAGGGUCAACUAUACCAUGGACGUGUUUGAACUGAAGAGCAACGGACCCCGGAAGAUUGGCUACUGGAACGACAUAGACAAACUUGUGUUGGUCCAGAAUGAAAAUGUUCUGUCCAAUGACAGCACGUCGAUGGAGAACCGGACAGUUGUCGUGACAACCAUCAUGGAGGGUCCCUAUGUGAUGCUGAAGAAGAACUGGGAACUCUAUGAAGGCAACGACCAGUUUGAGGGAUACUGUGUGGACUUGGCCUCGGAGAUCGCCAAACACAUUGGAAUCAAAUACAAGAUCUCCAUCGUACCGGAUGGGAAAUAUGGAGCCAGAGAUCCAGAGACAAAGAUAUGGAAUGGCAUGGUUGGAGAGCUUGUGUAUGGGAAAGCAGAAAUUGCUGUGGCCCCGCUGACCAUCACUCUGGUGAGAGAAGAGGUGAUCGACUUCUCGAAGCCCUUCAUGUCUCUGGGAAUUUCCAUCAUGAUCAAAAAGCCCCAGAAGUCUAAACCAGGUGUUUUCUCUUUCCUGGACCCGCUGGCCUACGAGAUCUGGAUGUGCAUAGUGUUCGCUUACAUUGGAGUCAGUGUUGUGCUGUUUUUGGUGAGUCGCUUUAGUCCGUAUGAGUGGCAUGCAGAGGAACCAGAGGAGGGCACAACAGAGCUGGGCCCCACCGACCAACCUCCCAAUGAGUUUGGCAUCUUCAACUCCCUUUGGUUCUCACUGGGAGCCUUCAUGCAACAGGGCUGUGACAUCUCACCACGGUCUCUGUCUGGACGUAUUGUUGGAGGUGUGUGGUGGUUCUUCACUCUUAUCAUCAUCUCCUCUUACACAGCCAACCUGGCUGCUUUCCUCACUGUGGAGAGGAUGGUCUCACCCAUAGAGAGCGCAGAAGACUUGGCCAAACAGACAGAGAUAGCCUACGGGACACUGGACUCCGGCUCUACUAAGGAGUUCUUCAGGAGGUCCAAAAUAGCCGUAUACGAGAAGAUGUGGUCAUACAUGAAGUCUGCCGAACCGACUGUCUUCACCAAAACCACAGCGGAGGGCGUGGCGAGGGUCCGCAAGUCAAAGGGGAAGUACGCUUUCCUCCUGGAGUCCACAAUGAAUGAAUACACGGAGCAGCGCAAGCCUUGUGACACCAUGAAAGUCGGGGGGAACCUGGACUCCAAAGGAUAUGGGAUUGCUACACCGAAAGGCUCACAGUUAAGAACCCCGGUAAACCUUGCAGUUUUGAAACUGAGCGAAGCAGGCGUCUUAGACAAACUGAAAAACAAAUGGUGGUAUGACAAGGGAGAGUGUGGACCCAAGGACUCUGGAAGUAAGGACAAGUCGUCCCAGGCUUUGAGCCUGUCCAACGUGGCGGGGGUCUUCUACAUCCUUGUGGGUGGCCUGGGCCUGGCCAUGCUGGUGGCCCUGGUCGAGUUCUGCUACAAGUCACGGGCCGAAGCCAAGCGCAUGAAGCUGUCGUUUUCUGACGCCAUGCGGAACAAGGCCCGUCUAUCUAUCACAGGAAGUGUGGGGGAGAAUGGCCGCGUCCUGACGCCAGACUGCCCCAAAGCCGUGCAUGCUGGCCACGUCUCCCUCCGACACCCCGGGCUUGCAGUGGUCUCCUCCGGUCUGCCCUGAAAACCAAAAACACCUGCCGUGCCUUAACGACACACAAGCAUACAGACUUUGACAAGGACACAUUCAAACACACACGUCCCACAUGCAAUC